AUGCCUACAAUUCUGGACAUUAUCCAACCAGAUCCAUUAGAAUCACCUAGUUUUUUCAGUCUGUCAAGAAUAUGGUGUACUAAUUCCGUUAAUCCUACUAUCACAACAAGGGCGACUGUAGCGGUAAACAGAGCAAACCAGAGGACUACCCCUCCGGAUAUCGAUUUCGUUAUUACUAACUCCUCUGUCCUUCCUGCUACCUGUGAUUCUUCGUUACUCCCUUCGACUAAGCAUUGGACAUUAAAACCGUGUAAAGUUGUUUUGAAAGAUGUGCUAGCUGUUGAUUCCACUGAAAAGUCUCGGCUGCUGAAAGCUAACCCGGAUAACUCCCACAGCUCUUACCCAUUGUCAAAAAAAGUGGAGCUGUUGGAAUCAACAAUUUACUACCAUGCGUCUCACCUGUUUGGUGUAAGGUCACUUCCCCAGCACAACUUAUCAGGUUUGAACAGGAGAGCUUUACGCAGCAUCAGUUUGGUGAACGAGAAGAACAAUCUGCUCUGUACUCUUAAGAACACAUCUGACCCAGUUGAGAAAAGCAACAUGCAAAACCUUUUAGAUGAUAUAAUGGCCAAGUUAAGGUUACUUCGGAGAGUUGCCCAGGACGAAAUGGAUUCACACAAACAUUCAACCUUGAACGAUCCCUCACGCCAUAUACCUCUUUCAGAUCUCCCUGGAUUGCCUUCACCACCAAAUCUAGUCUCAGCUUUCGAUUCUUCCAAGCUAAAGUUCAAGGAUUUCCAAGCUGUCCUACAUUCUCGUAGAAAUGCUUCUUCUCCUAGGCUGAACCAAAUUCCUUACACAGUAUAUAAGAAUUGUCCUCAUAUUGCAUCGUUUUUCUUUAACAUUUUUCAAGCUUGUCUAAAGAAGUCUUUUAUUCCUGUGCAAUGGAGAAUUGCAUCAGAAGUUUAUAUACCUAAAAACAACACACCUUGUCCAUCCAACAUAAAGGAUUUUCGCCCCAUAGCUCUUCUGAAUGUUGAAGGAAAGCUCUUUUUUAGUUUGAUUUCCAAGCGGUUAGAAUCGCAUAUUAUAAAGAAAAACAACUUCAUUAAUACUUCCAUUCAAAAAGUUGUAUGGAAAAAGUUCCGGGUUGCUGGGAACACAUCUAUAAACGUUAUUAUUGAGUAUGUGUGUGUUACCCCCAGCCUUAUUGAUACUGAAGGUGUACAACAGCUCUUCAUUGGUGGACAUCUGUUACUAAAAGAUUCUGUCGACCCUUGUGUGUCUAAGUGCGUACCAGAUUUGAAAGCUGGAAAUUGGAAAGUUUGCAUCAGACUGGGCGAGCCUGGCUUAGGGCUCUUAGACCACAAGAAUAUACCACCAAAAGGCACUUAUGCUUACCGAAAGCUUGUUUCCAAUAUCAUUGAAGAAAAUGAAGAAGAUAUUUACCAUGCCAGAGCUGUACAGUUGCAUUUGCAAGGCAAUUGGACGAAAUGGUGCUCUUAUGUGAAAAAUGAUUUAUCUUGGAGAACAAUUCUUUCACUGCCACAAUGUCUAACUUCCUUUUGUAUAGGGGCAACCUACGACACCCUUCCCUCUCCAACCAAUCUUGUGAGAUGGGAAAUUGAGAAAGACAAAAGUUGCAUUCUGUGCAAGAAACCAUCCUCAAAUGUCUCUCACAUAUUGGGUGCCUGUAGGACCUCCCUUACGCAGGGUAGAUACACAUGCCGUCAUGACUCGGCUUUAAUAGUUUUGGUUAAGGCAUUAAAAGAGUUUUUGGUAUCAUAUGAACCUCUUAAGGUUUCCAAGUGCAACAAAAUUAAUUUCAUUCCGGCCGGUCAAUCACCAUCUAAGAAGAGACAUACAAAGUGUCCAGGCCUUCUUCACCUUGCUUCCGAUUGGAAAAUACUGUCAGAUUUAGAUUCCGUUUUAGUUGUUCCACCAUACAUUGCAAUAACACAACUACGCCCAGACGUGUUAUUAAUAUCCAGUUCUUCCAAAACUGUAAUUAUGUUAGAACUGACUUGUCCAUAUGAAGAGAACACGGAAUAUUGGCACAAACGAAAGCUUAGCAAAUAUUCUUCACUUUGUUAUGCUAUGAAAAACAAUGGAUGGAUCGUGCAUUUCUUUGCCAUUGAGGUGGGUGCAAGGGGUUUCUGUUCAGAAUCAGUAAGGACCUGUUUUCGUCGCCUUUGUUUCCCUAACAAGCCUUUACGUUCCCUAUUAAAAUCCCUAACUUUUACCUCCAUGAGUGCUUCUUUUUACAUCUGGAUGUCUCGAAAUUCUACCACUUGGGUUGAGCCUGAAAAGGCCCCAAUCAGUCCUGAAGUUUCUUCUGUUACAAAUAUGGAAUGUAAGAAAUCAAAAACCCCUGAGAAAUCUUCCGCAAAUCACACAAAAUCUUGUAAAAUCAAAAAAACCGAAAAACUUGCUACAAGGUCGUCCAAAACAACAGUCGCAUUGCCAUCUAACCCUGAUUUUAGGAAUAGCGGUCUCAUAAACUUGGGAAACACAUGUUAUGCAAACUCCAUCUUACAAUAUUUUUAUAACCUUCCAAAAGUUAAAGAAGCCAUUUCUGUCAGCAAAACAACCUCAAAGUUAGGCAAAGCAUUUGUAGGUGUUCUUCAAAGUUUGGCUGUUUCUAGAAGUCCAGUUGAUCGCUCCCAUUUUUUGCGUGCUAUGAAACAUCAUAUCUCAGCUCCGAAGGGAAGUGCAUUUAAUAUCUUUGCUCAGCACGACGUCCCCGAGGUUCUUGAAUAUCUCCUACCUGGUCUGUCAUUAGACUUUCCAUUUCUUGGAAGUCUUUAGUAUUGGCAUCAAGACAUCAACCACUUGCAAUUCAUGUCAUAUUACCAGCUCCUCAGAAGUUAUAGCACCAUGCAUCCAACUUUCUCUGCACCCUACGUUACAAUCUUCCUUAGAUAAUUUCUUCGAAUACGAGGAGUUGUCAGACACCAAUGCCUACUUCUGCCAUGUUUGCGACGCUCAUCAAACUGCUCUAGUUGAAAAAGAGGUAGUGUCGUGCGGUUCCCAUCUCAUUUUACAGCUAAAAUGUUUUGCCAGUGCCAACGGCCUUGUGUCAAAAAUUGCCUCUCGUAUUACUGCUUACCCUGGUACCCUAUCCAUAACUUUAACCGUAGAUGGAGAAGUGAAAUUUCGUUAAAAUUUUCAAUUAAGGGCUAUUAUCAACCAUUGCGGCAACUUAAAUAAUGGUCACUACACAACCAUAGCCUUCGACCAAAUGGUACACAGGUGGAUACAUUGCAACGAUAGAGCAGUAAUUUUCUGUAAUGACCGCCUCAUUAACAGUCACGAGUCAUAUGUUUUCUUUUUAGAAGAGCUGAGAUAAGAAUAUUUUAACCGGAAUGAGUCAAGGGGGCUUGACUACACUCAGUCUUGUCUUUGGAGAGUGACGACUCCACUUAUUACCCCGGUCAAAAAUAAAACAAAAUCAAAUAAAAAUUAAGUAGCAAGGGGGUUUGAUCAUACUAGGUCUUGUCUUUGGAGAGUGACGACUGCACUUAUUACCUGAGUUAAAAACAAAGAAUAGCACAGUUGAACAGAAAGUGGUCAAAGUUAAUUUUAGGAAGAUAGGGAUGUCUCGUUUCUGCUGAUGACCGUCCGCGGACCUCUUCGAGGUGACCCAGCUAGACAUCCAGGGUACUUAGGUUCAGAAAUAUGGGUCGAAACCUACCUGCCCUUGGUUAAAGUUUUGUUCAUCUUUUCAAAUGUGUUGUGUCCUUUUUAUUUUAUUUUUAUUUUUUAUAUUUUUUUUUAAUUCCUUGUAAAAAGGGAGAAUUGUGCUUUUAGAGGCAUAUUCUCUAGAGGAGUACAACCUCUAGCUUGUUUCUAAAGACCUAACAGGUUGAGUUCAUCAUUGCGGUGGCUUGCCACCUCUUUGUAAAUUAUUUUCUUUCUAUUCUGUUAUAACCAUUUGUAGACCUGUUUUACACAUGCUUAUGUACUGAUUGACAUUAAGACCUGCAGUACUCUUAAAACGGUAGUUUUUUAUAGCAUUACGUGUCGCAGUCUUUAUUAAUUUUAGUUAUUACCAAAACUUAAAUACCUUUUGUAGACCCUUGUUUACUUCUUCGUGAUUUUAUUCUUUAUUAUAAAAGGUUUUUUGCAAUGCCAAUUUAGCAGCAAAUUGUAUUGCAUCUAUUUCUUUGACCUUAGAGUUUUUUUUAAAUUCUAGCACAGUUUUUAUUAUAAAAUUAUCAUUAUCAUUCUUUUCCCCAACCUGGUUCAGAACAGUAAAAUGCCCAUGACUGUCUUCUGUAACAUUCGUUAAAUUAUCUGCAUAAGAAACUAGAGUAAAUUAAGAUGGCAGACUUUGCCUUCAUUCAGCUGCUUAACAAGCUCUUUUGCGUACCAUGUGUUGUACUUUAAUUCAUUGGUAAAGCUUUUCUUUCGUGAUAUUUCAAUACGUUGUUCGAGAACGAAGUAACUUUACACUUUAGCUUGCUAACAAUGUUACCGAAGUAAAGUUGAACUCAUGUAAUUUGAAUCUCCAAGGGGAUUCAAAAUUUGUUCGAAUGACAUGAGUUUCAAAUUGUAGGAGUUUGACUUUUUUCGGCCGAAUUUUGGUGUGGAAGUGUUAAUGGGCUUACGGCGCUAUUAAUUAUCAAUGUUGCGACAUUCUAUGGAGUAAAACAACGCGUAGUAUUUGAGAAAUAAGUUACUAUUUUCAUGUAAAACAAGUGUUACAAAUUUUUUAAUAUCAAUUUACUCUGUUUCCUAUUAAUCAAUCUUCUAUGGUUGAUCUUAUCGGACGUUUCCGACAGCAGAGUAUCAAACUUUGGAUCGAUCUCAAACAACGUCAGUUUCUUCAGAGUCUUUUCCUGGAUCGUCGACAGGAGAGGCCAUCAUUAGAGCUAUCGUCACUGCGAAUUUUUUUUCCCUACACCGUAGACAGUAUCAUUGACCAUGGGCAGCAUCAUUUUAUCCGUUGGCAGUAUCCAUGGAGUUUUUUUUAUUUUUUAUCGGGGAUGGUCUUUUGACACGCUAGGGUGCUUGUGCCGCAAAUGCACGUGGAAACUUUAAACUUAACGAAACAAAGAAACAAUACAGAAUAAGAGUGUGGAAAAGCUAUCAGCUACGAAGUAAAAGAAUCAGUUGUUUCUAACUUGCAUAAUACUUGCACUAUAACUUUUUUGUGACCUGUAGCUACUUGAUUUAAUUCUUUGUUUGCUCAUAAAAAUUAUUGAUUCACUGAUUUGUUUUCAAUGAAGAAAAUAUAUCUUUUAAACUUCUGUUUUAGCAGCUGACAGCUAAAAAGCGAAAAGUAGCGAGAUAAACGGAUUUCAUUUGUUCUAUCGCGAAACAGUGAACAUGUUGAUGAAUGAAGCAACCAUUGCGAAUGAUGCACCUGAACUUGCGGAAAUGAGCAAAAUCGGAUCUGGAAGAUGGAAGGCACUUGACAAUGCUACGAGAAAAGUAAAGGCAAGAGGAAUGGAAGAAAAAAGGACAGAGGAUGCGAGAAGAGGAGGACUGAGUCAAACUGCUCAGUUGAUGCGUGCAAAAUGCGAGAGGUCCUUCGUAUCACCAAAUGAAUAUAGCUAUCACAGCAAGAAUUGUGGAACAUGUAC